GAGAAGACCCUGGACGGUGGCCAAGAAGUUGGCGCUAUAGUCGUCGAUAGCCAGUGCUUUGUCCGGUAACAAAUGAAUACUUCGUUUAGGUGUAGCAGGAGGUGGAGGCAUGUGUUGCAUGAAGGUCCUUCCACAUCCAGGGAGUCUGUAGCCAGAUUACCGGUAGAAAUCUCACCUACUGUAAGUAUGUACUGGAUGCCACAAAUUUCUGGGCUUCACGUAUGCCGAAUUUUCCCGAGAGGAUUACUGGGGUUCGGGUCCAUGGUCGCCAGGGUCGAGGGCACGAACGCUCCGACCAUGCGUAGGCCAUGACAGGUGUUCUAGGUUUGAACGAAUUGUAGCAACGGGCGAAACUUGAACAUGAACAUGUGUGUAAAAUUUCAAAAUGGCCAACAGCCACUGAAGGAGUCGCCUUCGAAAAUGUGGUGCAAUUCGUACUUUAUCGCUGGAUCUUUGGCUAAUGAGGUUUAAUAUGCAUGAACAGGCCGGUGUGUCGUGCCUCGCGAACCGGGUCACGGAAUUGAAGCCGUCUCCGUCGUACCAAGGGUUGGAAUCUUUGUUGCGGGGCUGCCCAUCACACCAUGGGGAAGGAUUCGAAGAUGGUGACAGCGAGGGAUGAACAUGCCGAGGAAGAGAGUAUGAGUGAUGUGGAUUAUGAGGCUUUGAAAGGGGAUGAAGAAACUGAUGAUGAUGACGACGAAGCCGGUGAUGACGAGACCACCGAGGACGGGCAGAGUGGCGACCGCGUCGGUGAUUCCGAAGAUGCUGAGGAUGAAGAGGCUGCAUGUCGAGAGAACGAAGAACUUCCUGGGGAGGGAGGUGGAAGAAAUGGUUUCCGAAAUCCACACGCUGGGGACACCAGCGAUGAAUUGGACAAUGACAACAUGAUGUCUGAAGCGGGAAGCUACCCAGGAGCUCUUACUUUGGAGGAAGACAUUGGCGAAGUUUUAGCUGGGAAAGUUAAGCGACGUCGAACAUUAGGGAAAAGAGAUCGACAGCGAGCACGAAAAUCAUCAUGGGAGGACCUCCUUGGUAUGAAUGAUGCUGAUUGGGACGACGAGUCUGAUGACGAUGACUGGUCUCCAAUUUCAGCGUUGAAGCUUAGACCUCACUGGUUCUGCAUCAACUGCACCAUGCCAAACUCAGAAAAUCUCCAGUUAUGCUCGAAGUGUGGAGAAAAUGUCAAGUCAGAUAUCUUAAGCCGAGGGCAUCUUUCUUCACCGCUUGAUCCUGCUCGGUCACCCUCAUCUACUGAGCCGACAGCAAAUCAUGAGUUAUCCAAAGACAGUUCUCCUGGUUCGUUGGGUACAUCCUCUGCUUGCUCGUCAGAUCAUACCACAGAGACAUCAAAGUCAGGAAAAACUGUUCUUGGUUUUGAUGAAAGAAUGCUCUUGCAUUAUGAGCAGACUCAUAUGAAGUCUCACCCUCAUCCAGAACGGCCUGAUCGUUUGCGGGUUAUAAUUGCUGGCUUGACUGCGGAAGGUUUAUAUCCUGGACGCUGUGUCUCACUUCCAGCACGAGAGGUUACUCGAUCUGAACUGGAGAAGGUGCACAGCGAAGCUCAUGUUGAUGCAGUGGAAGUAACGUGCAACAAAGAUUUAAGCUACUUCACGACGGACACAUAUGCAAACAAGGACUCAUCCCUUGCUGCAAGGCUUGCAGCUGGAAUAUGUGCUGAUCUUGCCAAAGCAAUCGUUCAUGGAGAAGCUCAAAAUGGUUUUGCAUUGGUGCGACCUCCUGGUCACCAUGCGGAAGAGGUAAAUGUAAUGGGUUUUUGUCUACACAACAAUGCUGGUGUCGCUGCUAAGGCAGCGCAGGCAGCAGGUGCUAAGAAAGUCCUCAUUGUUGACUGGGAUGUGCAUCACGGGAAUGGAACUCAAGACAUAUUUGACGACGACCCAACGGUUCUGUAUGUGUCCUUGCACCGGCAUGAAGGAGGCACCUUCUAUCCUGGAACUGGUGCAGCCACUGAGGUAGGCGUUGGAAAUGGUGAGGGUUCUUCAGUAAACAUACCGUGGAUGUGCAGUGGAAUUGGAGACAAUGACUACAUUUAUGCCUUCUUGCACAUUGUUCUCCCAAUAGCAAAGCAGUUUGCUCCAGAUAUGACAAUCAUUUCAGCAGGAUUUGAUGCUGCCAGGGGUGAUCCACUUGGUGGUUGCGAGGUCACUCCAUCUGGAUAUGCCCACAUGACCUCUCUUCUGAGUUCUUUGUCCGGAGGGAAGAUGCUUGUCGUGUUAGAAGGAGGAUAUAAUUUGCGCUCUAUUUCGGCUUCAGCAACAGCCGUGAUCAAGGUCCUUUUAGGUGAUAAUCCAGGACCGCUUCCAGAUAAUCUACAGCCAACUGAAGCUGGAGCGCUCUCAAUGUUCGAUGUAUUUGCCGUUCAAUCCCAGUACUGGCCCUGUUUGCAGAUACCUUUAUUUGUGCAGCACUUGGCACGAAUGUCAUCCAGAGGACACAGGAAAGAGCUUCUCUUAGGUGAGCUGGAUCAGCAACUGGAGUCAUCACCGUCUGAACAAGUUGGGCAGCCCAUUGGAACUCCUUCAUGUUUGGGUUAAAGUCAAUCAAAACAAAGCAAGUGACACCAAGGUGCUUGUGUGUUCAACUUCUUUAACCGAAGGGGCAGUUGGCCGCUUUUGUUAAAGGGAGUGAAUGUGCCGCUUGCACGGGCACAGAUGGUGUUGAAACCUUGCCACAUCACUGGAAAGAGGAGCUCCUUAUCCAGUUCUUUGUGUGAAGGUAAUUGGCAGUAUGAGGCUGCCUCGUAUUCACUGCCAUCAACGGUACAUCUUGCUAGCUACGGCUACCUGUUGGAGGACACAGAAUUGCAAAGUCUAGGAUGGACUCCCUCGUGUAGUCGAGGUCAAGAAUUGUAACUGAGUUAGAAUAGUAUAGCACAUUCUUUAGAUAUAGUUACAUUUGUUACUGUUUUAUGUAUGUUUAUGAGCUUCACCUCAGCAAAUUUAGAAUGUAUAAAUAUGUGAAAUUUUGCGCUUGUAAAAUUGAUAUGGUGUCUAGUCUGAUCCUUGUGCAGUGCUUUACAUAUGUAUCAAGAUCGUGCAUCUGAUUUUCUUAUUCCUACAAAUGCAUGGCAAGUAUAAGGCCUCUCUGCUAUUUAUGUUAUGCUGCCAUGGCAGUCAGCCCACCUAACUUGAGUUGGUUGCGUUUUGCCAGCUAUGUUGAUGCCUUUUGUUAAGGUUUUCGCUUUUGUACUUGGUUUACUGGUAGCUUCCUUUCAAAACGGAGCGGCAUGUCAAUCGUGUUCAAUUUAAUCUUGGGGUUACCUUCCCAGAUUGAUUUUAAUUCCCUAACACUCAGUGAUGUUUUCACUUCUUCAAAACUUUCCGCACUACGAUUGCAUACAUCUAACUAGAAACAUUUCUUGUGUACUGACAAACCAUGGAUACAAUGACAUACAGAUAUCAUGCUUCGAGUAAGUUUUCCAAUUCCAUUGAAAAACUCGGCAAGAACGUUUGGUUUCGAUGUCAAUUUGGGCUGAAAUUGCUCUCUUUUGGGCGCUUUUGUGAAAGAUAACUUAUAAUUUUUGGGAGAACCAUCUGUGAAAUCUUUUUUUUAGUUUCGAUUGUACAUACGUUUUACUCGAUGCCAGCUUAGUCAUCGGAGCUGUCUUCUAUGACUAUUCGUUCUUACUUACUCGAAGCACUUUUGUUCUGGAACUACUGUAGGAGCGACAAAAUCUUACUGCUGUACACUCACUUUGAACGUUUGUAAUGUUCUGUCCCAGAGUUGACCUGGAGAUUCAGUUAGUGUGUGGAUUCAUAGCCUGUCAUUGCUAUAUGCCUAAGGUUUUCAAUGAUUGUUCACCUCCAUAUUACAUGCUACACUGAGUACUAAUUAUGAUCAGAGAAUUUCUAUGACAGGAAAGCGCAUUAACAGGAAACCUUAUGUCGGCGGUCCAGUAUGGUGGAAAUGGGGUCGUAGGAGAGUUGUGUAUUACUUAUGGCAAGAAGCAGGAUUCCGCAGAAACAAGUGGCUUCGAACUACUAGGUAGAUGGCAAAUGCAUCUGGGUGACAUUUGUCUGCCAGAUGUUCUGAGUUAUAACGUCCUCAACUAUUGUGUCACUUUAGUCAACGGGGAAUUGAAUUCAUGGGUUUGACUAUCGAAGUUUUAUGCGUAGAUAACGUCAGCCCAGGAGAUUUUGAGGUCAAUGCACUGUAAGGACAUAUCUACUUUCACUUACUACCUGGUCCCCAGUCUAUCUAAACUGCUCUCUUUUGGGAGAAAUUACAGAUGUUGAAUUUGAAGAGUUUUCCCGUUAGUGUAUACGAGCUCUUUUUUUAAAUCCAUCUACGUGGCCUAAGAGUCAGGUUGGGUAGGGCUCAGCGUCCAAGCCUGCGAAGCUCUUGUCAAGUUUUCUCAAAACGUUUGCAUUUGAGAUAGAGCUUGGUCAAGCUUCUCAGUAGUCGUGCGUUUACCAUGUUCUUUUUCUACUUUUCGUGUUAAGUUCAUGAAAGUAAUCGAAGUACAGACAUGGAAGAAGAAAGUGAGGUGUAGGUAUUCGUUCUGCCGUGCAAUAAAAGUCGACAGUUUUUCCGCAAUCUUUUUUACAGAGUGCAUGACUCCUUUCCAUGUAUCAGGUUUGCUUAUGUAGUGUUUUUGAACCUGCUUCGAUCAUAUCCACUCACGAUGAUCUUUCUUACACCGCUAUUAGCUUGUGUCCUCCAACUUCUACAAUCCAAAAUUUGUAUGGAUCGCCUGCAAACGGUGUUUAAUCCCCAUACAAUCGAAAAUGUUUGUAUGGGCAUAUGCUGAUGUACGUAUUGCAUCAAUUUAAUUUGAAGUGAUUGCGUAGAGUGAGUAUGCGAGAACAACCACGUCGUCUGUUUGAGGUUAUUUAGUUGCC